AAGAAACAUACUUAUGUAAUCAUCUCCUCGCUAUACUCCGCGGUUCCCCGAACUUCAACUCGAACCUCACAGAUGGCGGCUACGAAAAAAGCUGCAGAGUCGACUCUUUACCAUGUUCAUCCGAAAGGCUUUUGGAAGAAGUUCCGCGACGCUCUGGUUGUUAAUCCUGAAAUCUCGAGUGGUAUUCCAUUAGCCGGAAUCUACAGAUGGCCGCAGCCUGGUUCCAGACCAGAGAAGUACUCAGCUCCGGCAACCAAGGCUUCCGACCCCGCCCAAAAUCCGUACUGGAAGAGAGAUGUUCGAAGGGCAUAUCCCCAACUUUCGGUAGUCACGCAGCCCGACCUAUCGUCACUUCUCAUUCAACACUCCAAAGUCCAAGCAAUUCCUGCACCAUCAGAAGCCAAAGAAGGAGAGAAAUCGGACGUCCCUACAAAAAUCCAGGAGAUCAUGGAUUUGACAGGCGCCAUUGCUACAAUCACAUCUGUGCACAAGGCGUAUGACCAGUCAAAGCUCCCCCCGAAGGUCCCCACACCCUUCAAGAAGUGGAGAGCCGAGCUCGCGCCGGACGCCCCUCAUGAUCCCAAUGCCUAUUUCCCAAUGUUGCUAUACAAGUAGUCGACUUCUGCAUUCAACUCGAGGAAUUUUCCACCUCUUAUUGUAGACGAUGAAUCAAGAGAUAACCACCAUGUCUUCCGUGCCGCGGAUAAUGAUCUAUUCGAUGCGAAUAGUCACCUUCUUCUGUACGGAGUGUACAGAAGUUUCCUUG